AAUCUUCGGACCUUGUUUAUUUGAAUUCGUCAAUAUUGUGGUAGAUACAAACUUCGGAGUUACAGAGAUUGUCUUGUUCAUUAAGUUCGAUACAUGAUUGAUAUAUUUCACCGCUGACCACUACGAAUCGGGAAUUUCGCCGAACCGGAACCGUCGCUCGUUCCGUGCUCCAACUAUGGCGGAGAGUGGUAAACAGAAAUUGCCAAAUCUGAAGAUUUGCAUCGACAACGACGAAGGCAGCGACAACGAAGAGAUUAUAUUCACCGACAAGGAUGACUACUCGUUCAUCGACGAACCUUAUUCGCACAGGGUCGAGUUCAGUGUCCGCCUCAGUGAAAAUAACGAAGCAAAGAAAUUCGAGAGAAAGAAGUAUGAAAAUAAAGAUGGGAAUUUUGUAACAGGCAUCGACAUCACAAAAAAGGAAGAAGAAGAGAAAAGAGAAGAGCGAGCUCGUCGUUUUGGUCUGGAAGGCAACAACUACCAUGUUAGUUUGGUCGCUCUCUACACUAGCCUUGGCAUCCGAGAAGAAGACCUACACAAGGACGAACGAGGCAUUCGUCUCGAGACGGUCCAUGUCCGUGGUGUGCAAGACAUGAGUACCAAAGAUGUCUUUCAUUAUUUUCAAGAGUUUGCUCCCUCGACCGUCGAAUGGAUUGAAGACAAUUCCUGCAAUGUUGUUUGGUCCGAUGCCAUGACAGCUGCGAGAGCCCUGAACAAAUUAAGCCAAAGCCGUGAUGUCGUUAGUUCUUUGACCAACACAAACGAGGAUUCUGCUGCCAAAAGUCCAACUGCUGAUGAAGAGAAUCAGCUGAAGUCUGACCCACAAUUUGAGCAGAAAGAAACCAGUGAAACCAGUGAGAAAGAAAGCAACGUUACCAAAAUGAACGUGGACGAGGACAGCAAUAUGUCGGCUAUUUCUUCAGUGUCUCACAGUGAAAGUACUUGCGGAAACGACAGCGACAGGCAGACGGAAACCGAAAGGAGAGAAAGUGGUAGCAAAGACAGUGAGGAUGCGGAAACACGAGAGACAACACCUCAACCGAUUGAUGCGAAGAGUGAAGGGGAACUGUCCAGCUCUGAAGACAAUGUCGAAUUGGAGAAAAACUACAGAAGGAAGUUGUCAUCACGUUUGCUAGAAAAUGUGUCAGCAGCACCUGAUCCAUGGAACAGUGGAGAUGACAUUCCUUGGCCACCUGGGAAAUGGCGUCUUGGGAUUCCAGCCAGUAAAACCGGCCAACAUAUAUUUAUGAGAUAUGCCACAAAAGCAGUUGUUGUUGCAGCUGACCGAAAAUUGCCGGGAGCUGAGAAAAGGAGUCAGUAUUAUGUAAGACACGGCAACCCCAACUAUGGAGGUAUGAAAGGCCUCAUUAGCAAAUCCCGCAAACGGCGAAUCCGCUCAGUGAAGGACGAGAUUUCCAGUGAAAACAUAAAAGACAAUCUGGAUACUCUAACGACAUCUGAUCAAGUGGAAGUGUCAGAUUGGUCGAGCAGACACCUUGAUGAUGACUUAGAAUCUUCUGAACAGGCAGCAGCAACAGCAACAGCAGCAGCAGCAGCGACAGAAGCGGCGGCGGCAACAGCAGCAGCACCACCACCAGCAAAACAUCGCAUGAUGAGGAUGUAUGCAGAUGAUGUUGAAGCCGAGUUAAAAGCGAAAAGGUCUGGUCAUUCUAGAGUGUCACAUAGGAUUGGAGGUGGCUCGUUAUCGCACAGGAUUGGCAGUGGUGGUCAUGGCAUACAGCCCUGGGCAGGUAGUUUGUCAGGCAGCAGUAAACCAGUGAAAGAUGCUCGACAGCUUUUAUCCAGAUGCGACAAUGUUGGCAUGAAAAUGAAACUUUUCAGCAUUUACAAGAAAUCUUUCUGAAGAGUUUUGUCAGGUUAACGAGUUGUCCAACACAGGUGUGAAUGGAAUGAAGUAUUUAGUGGUCACAACAUUAUAUCUGUGGUUCCCUCUGUUUCUUCACUAUUAAGGACUCCUUUUAUUGAAAUGAAGUUACCCUACAGACCCCAGGUCAGGUAGGUAGACCCUUUCGCUGUCUACCCAAUCGAUUUUUAUUAACAAGCAACAAACUUCUUUUCUUGUAUUCAUCUCUCAAUUAAAAGAUGCAACAGAAUAAUAAUUGUAACUAAUAUCUUUUGCACUGCAACCCACAGACCUUCCAUUUCUACAGUGGUGGUCCCUGUGCUGGGAACUGCUACUCUACAUGGAUGAGCUGAAAUACUGUUGGAGUCAGCUGUCUGUCCCCCACCCCUUUCUCUUGACUAACUUAGAAAACAAAAGUUCUAUCUUUCAUUUCUCUGGUGUUGGUAGACUCUGGACCAGUCAUACAUGGCAGUUGAUUCACUUGACCAUGUCCAUCUCACACGGUCAUUAUGGAACUUGUAUGUCUGACCAUUGUCUUUGUUUUGGUGCAUCCUGCUACAACUUAGCAAUAUUAAUUUCACAGUUUCCCAUUUUGGUCCCCUGAUUCGACUCAGCUCUUGUCUUUCACUGGGUUCUUACCGUACUUCUUUUAAAAUACUCGGCCUUUUUAUUUUAGUCAAUAUUGAAAAUAAUGAAGAACUUCGAUAACUUAGUCAUUAUUAAUUUUGGUAUUUGGAACAUGACUUAACAAGUUUGGACCCAGAGCCAGGGAUGGUCAUGGGUGGAUUGUAUAAUUAUUGCCUUUAGAGACUUUUAAUACUGGAACUAUCAAUGGUUUUCUCCACAAAGCAGUAAUUAACAUUCAUCGUUUCUUGAAUUUUAAUCAGAUUAAUUUCAUUUUGUUUUCAUUUAGAUUUAUAUGAAUUAAAACAUAUUUUGUUAGAAAUAUUUGAGAUGUUAUGGGAUCUCUUAGCACCACUGUGUUGAUGCUCUGCUAUGUAUAUAUGUGGGUGUGUGUAGGGACAAAAAAAAAUGCCAGGUUUGGUGCCCAGGUGCACAUUUAGGCUAUGAAGUUGGGUUGGACUCUUGGCCAUGGCAAGCGCAAAUAAUUCAGGAGGUUGAGAAACUCUUCAUAAAAAAGCCCGAUGCCUGUUGAUUGGAUCUGUAGAAAACAUUUGCAUCAACUUUCUUCUAUAAACAUUUUAAAAAAGUGUGGCUCUCCUUCACCACUGAAAAUAAAUCCUUUGUGUGGGUUGUCUGUAAUAUUGGUUGUUAGGCCUUCGUGCAUUGAAGCCAGCGGCAGAAUCCACAACAUAUACAAAGUUUCUGUGAAAAGAUAGGUAAAAGUUUUAUUUGUGGGGUUUGAUUUGAGGAAGAUUUGGCUGCUAUUUCUAGCAAAUCAAGGUUUUGUUGCUGACAUUGUUGUGAUAACCCUUAAAUCAUAGUUUCAUUUAAAACCGUCUGUUUUGUUAUUACAUAAUGCCAUAACAGACACAACAUUGGAGACGUUCCUUAAUCGGACAACACUUAAUAAAUUUUUUAAAAAAAUUGGUCUUCACAUUUUUAUGGCUUGGGGUUAAGAAGCUUGCAUCGUAGCCACAUGGUUCUGGGUUCAGUCCCACUGCCUGGCACCUUGGGGUAGUGUCUCCCACUAUAACCAUGGACCAACUAAAGCCUUGUGAGUGGAAUUGGUAGAUGGAAACUGAAAAGAAGCCCAUUGUAUAAAUAUACUGGUGUGUUUAUGUCCUCCCAUAACUUAGCAGUUCAGUAAAAGAGACCAAUUGAAUAUGUGCCAGAUUUUAAAAAAGAAAAGUACUGGAGUUGACUUGUUUGACUAAAAACUGUUCAAAGCAGUGCUCCAGCAUGGGCACAGUCCUAUGACUGAAACAUGUCAAAGAUAAUGUUAGAUUGUUGUAGAAGUGAACUGAUUAUUGUGGAAGAUGAGUUGAGAAUUGCCGUUUCCUAGGAAACCAUAUUUUCUGUUGCUGUUGUCAAUAAUAACGAAACAAAUUUUUGGAGAUCAAAAAAAUCAACCAAUAAAUCAGUUCAUUGAUACAGAGCUCUGGUCACAAAAUUUCGUUAAUACCCCCCCCCACCACCACCACCACCACUAUUAGGAUACUAAAUGAUUUUUAAAAGCAAUUUUGUAUGGAUUUUUGUUUGACCUUGUCCUUUAUUUCAAUAAUGAGAAGAGCAUCUCGGUUGUGACAUAUAAUAAUAAUAAUAAUAAUAAUGCCUGCCUCAUGUAAUGUUGCUGAGUAGGUUCAACAGGUAUUAAUUGUUAAAGGAAGCUGAUGACUGGACAACACAAGGCACCAGGUGAAGAGGGAUCCAAACUCAGUGGAUAAAUGAAACGGACAUUCCAUCUGAUUCUCUCUCUUCAAACCAGAAUAGGAAACUGGCCACUGGUUAUAAUAAACUAAAUGAAAUCAAAUAUUAAAAAAAGGGCAAGGGACAGGAUUAACAAAAUUAUUUGGUGCACUUUUUACUUCAUUUCUUUUUAAAGCUCUGAAGCAAAAGAACAAUAUUUGGUUUGCUAAAUAUGUGUGUGUGUGUAUAAUUGAUAUGUAUAUACAUAUACAACACACACACAUUGUCUGUGAAAAGACAGAUGACAGUUUUAUUUAUUUUUACCCCUCAUCAAGUAUUUUAUUUUGAGAGAAAUUGUUUAACCCAAAGGGAUCCAUAAUUGGGUGUCAUUUUGGUGCCAAACUGGCAGAAUUGGGAGUUCGACAAAAUGUUUAGCAGGAUUUUUUCCAGGUUCUUCUUUGCAUUCUAACAAGGUCACCCUUGCCUUUUGUCCUUUUCAGGUCAAUAAAAUAAGGUACCAGUUGAAUACUGGGGUCGAUCUAAUCGACUUCCCCCUAAAAUUGUUGGCCUUGUACCAAAAUUUGAAACUAUUAUUGCUGUUAUAUUUAAAUUAACUGAAACAAACUAACCUGAUGUGUAGCCCCCCCCCCCACUGGCUGCAGCUUUACCCCUGCAAACAACCCCAUCCAUUUGAAUAUUUCUUCCUGGAAGUUCUACAAUGGCAAACUUUAGUGACAUCCGUUUAUUGCAAACUCCUCUUGGUGCAGCAAUUAGUGGUUCCAUUCAACUGGACAAUACACCUGUGGUCAGUUAAGGAGAAAGUUAUUUAAAGAUGAAUCUCUCUAAAAGCUAUGUUUCUGACACCUUGGUGACUGAAAUAACUAUUUGCUUCUGAAAGGUAGACAGAAUCCUUUUCAUUUCUGAUGUAGAUUUUAUAUGCAGACAGUAGAGUGUGUUGCUGGGUGAAGAAGAGACAAUGUUUGUCAGCGGGUGGAAGGAGAAGGUUCUUUUUUUUCUGGAUAUCAUAAAACAAGACAAAAAUAAUUUAAAAAAGAAAAUACGAACAUUGAACUUUUUGUUUUUUUAUGAAAAAAAAAUAUCAAAAAAAUUUUUGUAUUUUAAAUAAAUUUUUAUCUGUUGAUUGACUUUUCUGAAGAAAUAAACCAAAUUUUUUCUAA